AGUAAUCACGUCCGUACAUAGUUACCUCCUUGGUCGUAUUCCCUUCCACUCCCUCUAUCUUUUCACAAAUACCGAUUUGAAAUCGCUUCCAACCUCUUUAUUAAUAUUCUUCGACACGCCAUCUUCAUAUUCAUCGGUGUGUGCUAAUAUUAUCUAAUCACUACUCGGUACCAAUAUCCAUCUAUUUACUUGCAGCCUGCAGGCCGGACAUCUUCGGACUUAUCUGACAAAAACUAAAAAUCAGGAACCCGAGGAAACUUGAAAAAGGGCUCCACCUCUUUAAAAGACACUAAAAUCCGAGGGAGUCGGGCCCAAUUGAAUUACUGUCGCGAGCAGUAAUCAUUGGAGAUCUCAUCACUGACUAUAGAGCUGAGAUGAACUCGAAAUCGAUUGUCGGAAGUCCUCGCUCAAGCUUCAUUAGCAAUGGCUAUACUUCGAGAAGACCUGCCAUCUUAGGUCUUGCCAAAAUUCUAUUCUUAUCCAUCUGCCAAAUUACUUCUGUUUCUGCCGCUCCCAUUACAACCUUUCUCGGCAUCGCCAGCGAAGAGGAUGCACCGAAAGAUGUCGAAGAUGCGAGUUUAUGGUUAUAUCUCUCAGUUGCCGCUGUGUUGGUUUUACUCGGGGGUGCUUUCGCAGGUUUAACAAUUGCGUGAGUUUGCAAAUAAGAUGCAUCACAAAGUUAACAUACUAACCAAACUUUUCAUCUAGGUUGAUGGGACAAGAUGGUGUCUAUUUACAAGUUAUCGCGACUUCCGGUGAAGGAAAAGAACAGAGGCAUGCGCAAAAGGUUUAUGGAUUAUUACAAAAGGGUAAACAUUGGGUUCUUGUAACAUUACUACUCAGUAAUGUCAUCGUCAACGAAACACUUCCUAUCGUACUCGAUCGAUCUCUUGGUGGAGGAUGGCCUGCCGUUCUUGGUAGUACAGUUUUAAUUGGUAUGUUGAUGAAUCUGCGUCAAUGGGGCUCAUGUUGACUUGUUCAGUUAUCUUCGGAGAAGUCAUUCCUCAAUCAAUUUGUGUGCGAUAUGGUCUUUCCAUCGGAGCAUUUAUGGCACCACCUGUUUUAGGUCUUAUGUGGCUUUUAGCACCGGUUGCAUGGCCUACUGCUAAACUUCUCGACAAAUUACUUGGAGAGGAUCACGGAACCGUUUAUAAGAAAUCUGGUCUAAAAACUCUCGUCACUUUACACAAAACAUUAGGAACAAGUCCCAGCGAUCGACUCAACCAAGAUGAGGUUACAAUUAUCAGUGCAGUCUUAGACCUGAAGGAAAAAGCAGUUGGAGAUAUCAUGACACCUAUAAGUGAUGUAUUCACUCUAAGCGCCGAUGCGAUACUUGAUGAAGAUACCAUGAACGUCAUUUUGAGUGCUGGUUAUUCUCGAAUUCCUAUUUACGAGCCUGGAAAUGAGCAAAAUUUUGUCGGUAUGCUUCUCGUCAAGAUUUUGAUCACAUACGAUCCAGAAGACUGUAAACGUGUCCGUGAUUUCGCUUUGGCUACCUUACCAGAGACUCGACCUGAAACCAGUUGCUUGGAUAUUGUAAACUUCUUUCAAGAAGGAAAAUCUCACAUGGUACUCGUUUCAGAAUAUCCUGGCGAGAACUUCGGUGCUACCGGUGUGGUUACACUUGAGGACGUUAUUGAAGAACUGAUUGGAGAGUGAGUUUAAAUUGACAUCCCCUAGUCGUACAACUCUAACAGGUUAUAGGGAAAUCAUUGACGAGUCGGAUGUUUAUAUUGAUGUUCACAAAGCAAUUAGACGAAUGACCCCAGCACCCAAAUUAUCCAGAUUUAAGCCAAACCAAAUCGUUGAACCUUCCAAUGGAUCGAUCCACGGUACCGAUGACAGUCUCAUUGAUUUAUCAGAAGGACCAAAUAAUGUACAACUUGGUAGGAGACGUAAUCAAACGGAGGUCAGAAGUUCAAGCCCCGCCAAUCAUUUCGGUACCAGUCCUAAAACAACUUUUAUGCGAAGGGUUUCAACCGGUGAUAAUGAUAGGAAUGUUGUUGCCGUAAGAGGAAAUAUGAAUGAUAUGCGCGAACACCUAAAGCAUCUUGGUCCAUCCAACCUCGCUAGUCGACCAAAAAUGACAAAGUAUCAAUCGGUCAAAAUUAAGCCCGGAAGUGUUCUUGGUGGUAUUAGGACUGAUUCUAGAAGUGAUUCAGUUGCUCAACGUGGAUCCAUCGCUGAGGAGCCUGAGUUCGAGCCAUACACGGAUAGUCCAGGACCACAAGGUGGUGAAGGAGAAGGGUUACUUAGAUCGGCUGGACAAGAUGCGAAAGAUGGAGUUCAAGCUUUACAACAAGGUUAUGGCACGUUGAAUAAUCGUGUUCCUUCUAGCAAACUUGUCCAGGAGGAAACUUCAAAUGCACCUCAAUAUGAUGGACCAACUAGUCCAGUACCACAAUCACCUGGUAAUGGACUUUCAAUCUCCAAUUUCUUCAAUAAGAAUAAAAGUACGGACACAGUCGGAUCUCUUCAUUCUCAAAAGAGUGGUGCAAGUCCACCAACUAAAAAGAAGAAGAGUACGGCUAGAAGUGGAAGUAUCACAGAAAAUUUGGUAGAAGCAGGUGGUAUUCGAAAGAUGGUUUUGGAGACAAAUACUAGUGGAGAGGAAAAUAAUGGUGGAAGAGUAUUACAUUCGAGUAGUACUGGUAGUGGAAAUAAAAGUGCGAAUGGGGUAGAGAAUAAGUUCAUGCAAUUCUUAAGUAAUGCUGGAAGUACUGAUAGAUUGACUGACGCGGAACACAAGAGUCAUUCGAGUCAAACGGAAAAUACAGGCGGGGAGAGUGGAUCAGGUGUUGGUAGUUCGAAACAUAAGAAGAAGAGUAAGAAGAAGAGUAAAAAGAAGAGUGCUGGAAAGUAAAGGGGCGGAACAUAUGUAUUUAUAUUAUUAUUAUUAUAGGCGGGCGGCGGUCUCUGGGGUUGGAGGUUGUGUGAAAUGAGAUGGGAGAAAAUUGCUUUUUAUUUAUAUUGUGAUGAAGAAGAUGAAGAAGAAAAGAGGAAGAAAAGAUGGGAUUUAAUGAUUUUGGUGGAUGUGAUGCUGUAUACUGUAUACUGUAUGAAGGGGGCUUAUUGUUAGGGGAGAGAGAAAAAAAGAUGAAAAUUAAUGAAUUUGGAUUUUUGGUGGUGGUUGUUUUGUGUUGUGUGAAGGGUGAGGAAGGGUAAAGGGGAUGGAGACGGGGAAGAUGAGGGAGAUGUGAGAGAUGGAAAAGAGAAUGA